AUGCUAGAUUUCUCAGAUCUCCUCUCCGCCGAAAUUCUUCCUAGUCUGCAGAAUAGAAGCAUCUUUCCAGGUGACCUUCUCUAUUCCAUUUACGGUGACGCCUACUUCAGUUCGCAUCGUAUUGUAUGGGUGCGCGUCCUGCUCAUCCUCCUUUACGCUCUCUUUGCUGUAAUCGGUGUGACAACCAAUGCAGCUGUCGUCUUCUUCCUCCUUAUAUGGCAUCCCAAGUCGCUUCGCAAUAUCACAAAUCGCUUUGUUCUUGCUCUCGCCAUCUCGGAUAUCUUCAUGUCGGGCUUCAAUAUGCCCAUGCAAGCCUACUACGAAAUGCAGGAGCGUGUAUACUUCUCUAACCUUGCCUGUCAGUUAGUUUUCUCCACAUUCGGGCUUCCAAUGCACAUCUCCUGUCUCGUUAUUCUUGUUAUCGGCAUUGACCGGUACAAUAUUAUUGUCUAUCCCCUGCACAGACGUAUGCCCCGGAGCUCGGCAUCACUCACACUCUUUGCAAUAGCUGUCAUCAGUGUUAUUAGUGUGAUUCCCAUAGCCAUCUUCAACAAGAGCAGUCAGGCAGUGACCAGGUUGGAGGAUGGACAGAGAGAACCGAUGGAGUAUCACUAUUGCGUGGAACAGUGGCCUUCUCCAGAAAUUCGACUUUGUUACACUAUAUUCACUUUCACUGUACAGUUCUUUCUACCUCUUCUCCUUACUGCCACUCUCUACACCAGAAUUUACUUUCGACUUCACGAAAGACGUUUUCGUAAACGAGACUUGGAGAGGAAGAAACGUACAAACAAAAUUCUCAUUGCCAUUGUUAUCUGUUUUUUCAUCUGUUGGACUCCAUGGAAUGUUUUCUCCAUCAUUCUUGAAGUCUACGCUUAUCGGGCACAAAAGCGAAAUCCCAUUAACGUAUUUCCACUGUUUGAAGUAACCCAGAGCAAUGCAAGCGGUGCAGUUAGCUUAAAAUCCAUUCUCUCAUCCUCGCAUGAAAGCAAUUUGAUUUUACUUCACGACGAUCUCAACGCCUCAAUUCGACCGACUCGAUCGUUUGAACGGAAGUACAACAUCUCAGACAUUGUGCCUCAAUCUCGUCUCCUACUUGGUGGUCACGCAAAGAUCAUUGAUCUCAUUCUCAAGCUUUUGGCAAUGUGUUCGGGUUGCUUGAAUCCUUGCCUCUACGGGUGCAUGACUGACACAAUGCGGCUCCUCAUGAAGAGGGUGGUUGUACGAUUUCAGCGAACUCGAAACCUCAGUGUCACACGACUGCGAGGCAGUCUCCGUGGAUUUCCUGACAACAUCACCUCCGAUCGUAAUUCCAUUAAAAGUCGAGCCUUUCGCAAGUAUCGCCGCAGUGUAUUUGGCACUCCAGUUUACAAUAUUCAUUGCUGUGGUUUUCAAUUCAUUGUUCGUACAGGAUUUCAUCAACACAGUGAACAAGUGAAGAAUAAAUUUGAUGCAAAACGAAAAUUGGAAAUUGUGGAACCAAAAACCACCUCAUCGAGCAAACGCCCACGUCGUUUGCAAAGAUGCUCCACAAACGAUAAAACACCGCCUUACCCAAGUGGAGAAAAGGAGGGUUAUGGUGGUGAUCCUAAAUUCUCCGAGUAUCAAGUUGGACAAAAUCAACUUGGCAUCCAACAAGUGAACCACAGUCUGCAUCACCUUGACCCUGCAAGCUUUACCUUCGUGAAUCGAGAAAGUGCUACACUAAGUAUUAAUGAGAGCUCCACCAAACGAACUAGCCUGCUGCCUUCAUCAUUAUAUGAUAAAACUCCGAGGAGUUCUUUCAUGGUGGAUGCGGGGAAACAGCAAGACAGUGGCUCUGCAACCAGUAAAAGUGAUCAACCACUUCUUCGUAUUUCUCCACUUGCACCAACAGUAACGGUGUGUGAACCACUCCCAACCGUUGAAGGUGAAGCUCUGUGUAAAGACGAAGAAGAGACAAAGGGUGUGGAGACCUCUCCAUUGCAUUCCGUGCAAAAUAAUCGCCACCAAAAACUUGUCAGCAUAGAAGUUUAUGCUCCACCAACUUGUCUCUCCGCCUCUGCAUCCCCCAUUGACUCAUUUCGCCGACGAAGUUCAAGUAAAGGCGUACCGAAGGCGUGUCGAACUCUAGCCCCUUUGGAAGAAGUGUCCACCUGUGGAAAUCCACUGGAUUCGGCUACAACGCAGGAGCAUAAAUCAAUUCAGAGAUCAGAAUGGAAGGCCAUUCCAGCACUGCCUACUACAGCCACAACAAUUAAACGUGAUCGUUUCAAACGCAGUGUCUCCAUAAGUUGUGAUAAUGAAUCUUCAAGAGAUUCUGCUUCUACAAACAACCGUCAGUCCUUUCAAAUGCGUCGACAAAGCACCUAUGAAGUCUUUCGUCUUAAAAAAUCACCAACAAAAUCUCAACUCGAUAAAACUCAACCAUACGCCUUUAAGGAGGGCUCAACGGAGAGUGAAUCCAUGAUAAGCGACGAUUUUGCGCAUUUUCACAAAAUGGUUCUAAACGACGAACGAUUGAAAGUAAAUUUGGCGUCCAAAAAGCCACGUAAAUCUCAUCCCACUAUCAACACCUUCACUGUGUCUGUAAAACCACAGCCUCGCAAACACAGCGUCUUCUCGACACGGUUGAAUCGCUCCUGGCCAUCCAAAUCGGCAAACAGGCCAACUGGCGCUCGCACCAAUGAAAGCACUGAGAGAGAAGGAACAUGA